AUGAUGGACAAUUAUUUUAAACUGGAGAAGAUCGGUCAGGGUACGUAUGGAGUCGUCUACAAGGCCAAGGACAAACUUACGGGCAAGGUCGUCGCCCUCAAAAAAAUUCGUCUGGAUACCUGGUGCAAGAAAACUAGAGCGUCUUUCCGAUCCCUUUGGUGCGGAUCAAAUGACGACCAGCAGAGUAGUGAGGUUCGGAGACUUGCCAAGUACGAGAAGUACGUGGGAACCGACUCGCGAAAGCUGGCGUCGGUCAAUGGUGACGCCAAGUCGCACAAAUCCCGGGUAUGGGGUCUCUUGCGAAGGUCUUUCUCCUCGAGUUCUCGCGUCUUUGGCGUAAAUCUGGCACGGCUCGACGAGAACGGCCUGCCAAAGCCGGUCCUCGUCAUGCUGCAGCAGCUCCUCGCCAAGGGCCCCUCCAUCCAAGGCAUCUUCCGCAAGUCCGCCAACUUGAAGGUUGUCCGGGUGCUCAAGGACCAGAUCGAGUCCUCGGGCGACACCAGCUGCCUCGAGGAUGCGCCCGUCUUUGCAGUUGCCGCUCUACUUAAGGACUUUCUGAGAUCCCUGCCCGAUCUCCUUCUCACUUCCUACCUCUUUUCCCUGUGGAUGGCUAGUCCCGAGUCUCCGGACCCCAUCAAGACGAUCAAAAGCAUUCUGGAUCGUCUACCGGAAGCAAAUUAUACGCUGCUGUCGCACCUGGUCUGCGUGCUGCACCACAUAGCCCGGCGCUCGGAGCACAACCUCAUUUCCGCGAGUAAUCUGGGCGUGUGCUGUGGACCGAGUCUGCUUUGGUCCGAGAGUCUUUUGGUCAACCAGAGCCGGGCGAUUCCUGCUCUCGCGGAGAUGCUCAUCCGGCAUUACGAGGUCCUGUUCGGCAAAGGGGUCGACCUGCUUUUCGGCGCCGAGCUAAACGACAGCCAAGCCGAAGACAGCACCGACAUUCUACACUUUGAUGGGAUUUCCCUGGACAACCUCCAGUUGACGGAACCUCCGAGCAAGGAUUACAUGUCCUUAUCGAGGGACUCUGAGCUGACGCUCUCAGACGGCGAUAUCGUUGGGCCCGAAUCGCUAGUGAGCUCCAAAGACUCGGCUGUCAAGCUCGAAGAAGGCGAGAACUCUAAGGAGGUGGUCUUGUACCGGUGUAGGAUCAUGAAAUUUACGGAUAUCAUAGUGGACUACAAGAGAUCAUCACAGCAAAACACCAAGCUGCGAAUAGGCAGCGAAAACAGUAGUAGAGGCAGUAGCAUAAUCGGUGACAAUAAGGAUGACGAGCACAAGCAAACGUGGCUGAAGACGCCGCCACCUUUGCCUCCCCGACGCCGCCACUCGAGGCCUGUUCACCCUAAAUUUUAG